UUAUACAUUGUACUGAUUGUAGAGAGAGAGAGAUGAUAGAUGCAAGACGUUUUAGGAUAUCCAAGGGAAAGUGAAUCCCAACUCUCUCGAGAGCCACGAAACCAGAACUUCGAGUGACUCAACCUCAAAAAAGCUAAAUCCUUUGAUGAAGAAAAAGCAGCAGAAAAAGACCGAAGAAUCUACAACAGUUUCUUGAUCCCUCUUAUAGCCUUUGAGCAUUGAAAGGGUUUUCCUCAAAUUGCCAUGAUUUGAUUCCUCAACACCCCACACACACGUAGUUAAAAUGGGUUUUACUAGGAAACCCAUGUUUCCUGUGUUGCUGGUUUUGUUCAUCACAAGUCUUCUUGAGCCGCCCCAUGUUGCAGAAUCUACUUCUUCUGAUUACUCCACUUUGGUCUACAAGGGCUGCUCAAAGGAGCCUUUCACAGAUCCCAAUGGGGUGUACUCUCAGGCACUUUCAGCACUCUUUGGCUCAUUGGUUUCACAAUCCACCAAAGCCAAGUUCUACAAAACCACUUCUGGCUCUGGCCAGAACACCAUAACUGGCCUCUUCCAAUGCAGAGGGGAUCUCACCAAUUCUGAUUGCUACAACUGUGUCAGCAGGCUCCCAGUUCUGUGUGACAAACUUUGUGGCAAAACCACUGCUGCCAGAGUCCAACUUCUAGGAUGUUAUAUUCUCUAUGAGGUUGCAGGGUUCUCCCAAAUCUCAGGUAUGCAGAUGUUGUACAAGACCUGUGGGGCAACAAAUGCUGCUGGGAGGGGGUUUGAAGAGAGGAGGGACACUGCUUUCUCAGUGAUGGAAAAUGGGGUGGUUAGUGGCCAUGGCUUCUACACUACCAGCUACCAGUCCUUGUAUGUCAUGGGGCAGUGUGAGGGAGAUGUUGGUGACUCAGAUUGUGGGGAGUGUGUGAAGAAUGCUGUGCAGAGAGCUCAGGUUGAAUGCGGUAGCUCUAUUUCAGGACAAGUGUUUUUGCACAAGUGCUUCAUUAGUUAUAGCUAUUACCCAAAUGGGGUUCCUUCUAGAUCAUCUUCUUCAUCAUCAGCUUCAUACUCUUCAUCUUCUUCAGGGCAAAAUCCAGGGAAAACAGCUGCUAUAAUAUUAGGAGGUGCAGUUGCGGUGGCUUUUCUGGUUAUAUUGUUGCUAUUUGCAAGGAGUUUGAAGAAGAAACAUGAUGGUAUGAGUUAUGUGCGGCAAUAAGAAGUGCUGUCCAGGGAAAACACUCACUUUGUUAUUAUUUAUAUAUACUUUAUGCUCUUACUAAUAAUUUUGUGUUUUGAUUCUCUCAUUUACUCAUUUUGCAUUAUUAUUAUUAUUAUCUUGCACAGAUUAUUGACAGCAGAAAAUGAAUUCUGAGAAGGCAAAAUUAUUCUUUGUGAUGCAUUGUUUUUACAAGAUUAGUUGAUGGAUGAGGGGUGGAAAAUGGAAGUUUUGUGGUAAAUAGAGUUUUUGCUUGAUGCAGAAACAAUACUACAGGAUGGUUCACUGUAAUGAUUGUUGUAGCUAGGUAGUUAAGAUUUUGUUGUUGGGAAGAGCAAUAUAAUUAGAACCUGAAAGUGAGAUUUUUUUUCUGACUAGGGUGUAACUGUAAAUUACCCAACAGAAUGAAUGUUUGUCAAAAUUUUGGGUCUUACCCUUUAGCCAUGUGGGUUAUUUCUCUUUUCCCUAUUUUCUAUACUGUUAUGAGUCCUUUUUUUUAGUUGUUCAUUGACUUUAUGCUAUAUAAAAAGUUGCAAGUUGCAGCCCUCC